AUGUCUGGGAAUCUAUACAAGCGACAGGAGAAGUUACGCCUCUACCGUGCCCUUCUUAAAGGGGCAAAUCGGUUUCCGUUACGCUCUCGGCGGGAUAUCGUGACGGAAGAGGUUCGGGGAGCUUUUCGGAAUUCUCUCAAUGAUUCCUUAACGAUGAAGGAAAUGGAUUACAAGCUUCUUCUUGGGUGGGAACGAGCCGCGGCUAUUCAGACGUACGCGCAGAACAUGUACUGGUUUCAUUCCAGAGAUGAGGUUUCGAAGGAAAUGCUGCACCACUCUCUGGAAAGGGAUCGUCAGCGUAUUAGGGAGAUGGAGCGGUGCAACGCCGUGGGAGCCGCGGAAACGAAAACGCCGGAGGUGACUGAGUUUAAGUCCUCGAUGUACCAUGUGCAUCCGGACUACCACGCGAAGAUUGGGCAGAAGCCGCUGACGCAUAGCCGUGAUAUUUGGAGAGCGCGCGGACAAUACGGGUCUGACAUUGGCGGCCCCAGACAAAAGUUCUACGUCCGUCGCUUCAAGGCUUUAUUUCCACAGGGUUGGUGA